UCUUUUCUACUUUUUUCCCUUUCCCCACCCCGCGGGCGCGCACGUGGAAGGACGAAGAUGUGCUGUGCGUAAAGGCGCACGUGGAAGGACGGAGAUGUGCUGUGCGUAAAGGCGCACGUGGAAGGACGGAGAUGUGCUGUGCGUAAAGGCGCACGCGGAAGGAUGGGGAUAUGCAGUGCGCGGGCACAGUCGCUGCAAGAGAACCCGCAGAGUUCCCGCAAUGUCAGCGAUGGAGGAGUUCACCCAGGCUCCACUCCGGGCCUGGGCGCCAGUUCUGUCCAAGGUGAAGAAGGCGGUGGUGUUCAUGGAUGACCGCUGCGCCGAGGCGCUGCACUGGAGCGGAGGCUUCGCCGCCCUGCUGGAGGCUGGAGCCAGAAACCUCAAACAGUUUUCCAGUUUCGAGGCGUGCGGCGCCAACGAGCCCAAAGCGGUGUUCGUGGUGAGCAGCCUGCUGAAGGGCCGGACGGUAGACAUCAUCAGGGACGUCAUCGCUCUCAGCCACUUCCAGUACUGCGUGGUGUUCACCUGCGUGCCUCACUCCGUCCACCUGUUCGCCAACCACGUGACGGCAGAGCUGGAGGGCUCACCUGUGUUCGAGCAGUUCGAGGACAAGCUCUGCGAGUGGAUGGGAAACAUGAACUACACGGCGGAGGUUAUGCACGCCCCCGUGGCCUUUGCGCCGGUGUCGCAGCAGCUGCUGCUCGCGCCCGCGUUUGCACACCUGUUCCCUCUGCUCCCACCGGAUCUGCGGGCCAUCAACGCCAAAAGACCCGAGAAGAAGAAGCUGGGGAGCCUGCAGGACGUGGACAUGAGCGCGCUCCCCGUGGAGCUGCAGGUGGAAGUCCGCUCUUUGGUGUCAGCGCUGAACUCCCUGUUUGACGGCACAGGUACGAGAGAGGAGAGCUUCGCUGUGGGCCCGAUGAGCCGCAUCAUCGCGGGAGAGCUGGCCAACCAUCCUCAGGCCAGACACCGAAGGAAGACCGCUGCGAAUAAAGCCUCCAUCAUCUUCGUGGACAGAACGCUGGAUCUCACAGGUGCUGUUGGUCACCAUGGUGAUAAUCUGGUUGAAAAGAUUUUGACAGCUCUGAAACCACUGCCUGGACAUGUGACCGACGUGCAGGUGGACCUAUCAGAGCUCACAAGUCUGCAGCAAACCCCCCACACCCACAACCCUCUGGCUCCAGGCUGUCUCGCACAGACUCAAGAGCCUGCGGCGCGGCUGCUGUGGGAGGCCAUGCUGAGCACCAAGCAGAAAGAGGCAGUGAUGGAGGUCCGCCGGCACCUGGUGGAGGCAGCCAGCAAGGAGAAGCUGCCGAUCAAGAUGAGCAUGGGCCGUGUGACCCCUGAGCAGCUGUGCUCCUACAUUAAGCUGUUCCGGAGCAGUUGGGAGUCCCUGCAGGGCCACAGCGGGGUGCUGCAGCUCGGCCUGGCCACGGCCCAAACGCUCCGACACCCCAGUCUUCCUCGCUGGGACGCCUGCUUGGCCUUCGAGAGGCUGCUUCUGCAGGCUCUGAGCGACUCUGAUCUUCCUGCCGUGCUGAGGCAGCUGCUGCCCCUGAUGAAGCCCCGCGGAGGCGAGGACAGCUCGCCGUCCGGGUCCAGGUUCAGGGAGGACGAGUGUGGGCCGGAUGAGCUGAUCCUCCUGCUGGUCUAUCUGUACUCCUUGGCAACUGAAUCCCAUCAGGAUGUGGAAGAGGGGGAGCUGGACAAGCUGGAGAGAGAGCUGAUGGGAGCUCUCACCCUGGUCUUCACUCAGGAGAAGGAGCUCAGUCCUCUGGUCCAGAAAAUCACUGGCUGUUCUACACCCGAGGACCUGACCACAGACAGAGCUCACUCUGCCGUGGAGGACAUGUUUGAGACUCUGAGAAGCUUGAGUCACACCAGAGACCACCUCAAGCAGCUGCACUCGGUCUACACGCCCAGUGAUGGAGUCCACCAGGCCUCCUACCGCCCGUUCCUGAAGCAGAUCCUGGAGGAGGUGUUCCGGCCCGACAGCUCCGAGUGUCCGGACUUGGAGCAUACGUCCGGAGGUCUGACGGAGCUGCUCAAGACGGGCUUCAGCAUGUUCAUGAAGGUGAGCCGCCCACAUCCCAGUGACAACAAUCUGCUCUUCCUCUUUGUGCUUGGUGGCGUCACGCCCUCAGAGCUGCGGCUCAUCAAGGAGACGGUUCACACUCACAAACCAGGAACUCAGGUGCUGCUUCUCUCCACUCGAUUGCUGCGACCGACAGAUAUCCCUGAGCUGCUCUUCGCCACUCCACGUCUGGUGCCAGAUAUCGGCGUCUAGAAGGAGGGUCACGAAGGCGCCAGCAUGUGGACGUCUCUGCACCAUCAGGGGAUGGUGGAGACCAAGAAAACGACAUUCCUCCUCUGUAUCUGUAUGUCCGUUUGACCUGCAGGCUUGAAUGUUUGGGAGAAAAACAAUAAAGCUGUUUUCAUGCACGAGGCUCAGCUGUAAGCCGCCUUUUCAA